GGGUACCCGUGGCGAGGUGAGACGUCGAGAGGCGGCGAAAGGCGUCCCCCCCUGCGUCGGGACGCGCGUCUCCCUGCAUACGAGACGGCCUAGGGCCGACCAAGCGAGAUGCCAGAACCGCCGACGGCACCGUACACCACGAUGAGAAAUGAAAUAUAUCAAAAACGUUUAAUUAGUAUCCUUCAGUGAAUAAAGAUGAACAGUGAGCAGCAUGCAUUGCCAGCGACUACGCAGGCACAGCAAGAGGAUGUAAACGCGGGUCAAAGUGGUCGUCCUUCAUACCCAGGUGGUUUGGCUACAACAACCAGUCUUGGCAAUGUAGGGAGUACCCCGCAUUCAUCCGCGGACCUGCGUGUAGGUACAGCCGUAGCGUUAGCCUCCUCGGUAGCUAAAUAUUGGGUCCUCACCAAUCUCUUUCCUGGACCGCUACCUCAGGUCUCAGUCUAUCAUCAUUCCCACCACAACUCCUCACAUAGGAGUAGUGGAGGUGGAGAGGCAUCUUCCAAAGAGCCAGCCUCUUCAUUGAACCAAGAAAUGGCGUUGACUUCCAGUUCACAUCAUCAGUCAACACCUACACACCAUCAUCACCAACCUUCAGUUAGCAGUAGCAGUCAUCAUAGUUCUUUACAACCAAAUUCACAGCAGAUACCAGUUUCUCUACCAGGCCUUAAUUUAGACGGGGCACAUAUACCUGCCAGCGUCAGUCAUUUACAAGCAGCACAUGCACAAAUGCAACAAAUGCAGGCAGCACAACAACAACAGCUGCAUCAGCAGCAACAGCAACAGCCCCAACAACAACAACAGCAGCAGCAGCAACAAUCUCACCAUCAGAUGCAAAGUCAUCAGAACGCUCAGAACAGUGGACCAACUGCACAUAAUCAAAACGCACAGAGAGAUGAUAACAAGGUGAAAGAUGAAAGUGGAAGUUGCACAACUGAACGUUGCAGUGACAAUCAAGUUCACUGUCAAGUUCAAUGUGACCUCCAAUUACAAACAUCUCAAGAUUUACAACAAAGUCUUAUGCAACAGCAGCAACAACAGCAGCAACAAAUUGGUGUAAACAUAAGCGGAAAUUCAUCGAGUGAAGGCGGAAGUCAAAAUAAUACAGAAAAGCCUGAAAAAGAGAAAGAAUUGCGUCAACUAAAUAUGACGCAAUUCCAAGUGCCAGAUUUAAAACCAGGAGGUCAUAUGAUGGAUGUAAGAACAGCUGAUGGAUCAGUCGUGAAGAUUAGCGCUGGGAACGAACAAGAUUUAGCAAAAACACUUGGUGUUGAAAUGGUGCAAAAUAUGUACAAGGUAAAUGUCGAAGACAUUAAUCAGCUUUUAGCAUAUCAUGAAGUAUUUGGAAAACUACAAAGUGAAAUAGCAGCUGGUACAACUUUAGUUGGAAGUACAGUUCCUACUCAAACAGUUACCACUAUACAAAAUGGAACUCCAAUUGUACAACAAGUUCAAUUAAAUAAGUUUGAUAUUAAAUCAAGCGAUGGCGAAGCUACACCAGGACCAAGCGCUUCGCCUGUGUCGGUUGGAAGUCAUGCAUGUGAAAUAUGUGGAAAAAUUUUUCAGUUUCGCUAUCAGCUUAUCGUUCAUCGUAGAUAUCAUACGGAAAGGAAACCUUUUACUUGUCAGGUGUGUGGCAAGGCCUUCUUAAAUGCAAACGAUUUGACACGGCAUGGGAAGUGUCACCUAGGUGGAUCCAUGUUUACUUGUACAGUUUGUUUUCAUGUAUUUGCAAAUGCGCCCUCUUUGGAACGUCAUAUGAAGCGACACGCUACCGAUAAACCGUAUAAUUGUACCGUAUGUGGAAAAAGCUUUGCAAGAAAAGAACAUUUGGAUAAUCAUACGCGUUGUCAUACUGGGGAAACACCUUAUAGAUGCCAGUACUGUUCAAAGACGUUUACUAGGAAGGAACAUAUGGUAAAUCAUGUUCGCAAACAUACGGGUGAAACACCUCAUCGAUGUGAUAUUUGUAAAAAGAGCUUUACCCGCAAAGAACAUUUUAUGAACCAUGUUAUGUGGCACACGGGAGAAACUCCUCAUCAUUGUCAAGCUUGUGGCAAGAAAUAUACACGUAAAGAACAUCUCGCAAAUCAUAUGCGUUCACAUACCAAUGAUACACCGUUUCGCUGUGAAAUAUGCGGUAAGUCGUUUACAAGAAAGGAGCACUUCACGAACCACAUAAUGUGGCACACGGGUGAGACGCCGCAUCGCUGUGAUUUCUGCUCGAAGACAUUCACGCGAAAGGAGCAUCUCUUGAACCACGUUCGCCAGCACACGGGUGAGUCUCCACACCGAUGCGGCUUCUGCUCCAAAUCGUUCACCAGAAAGGAACACCUUGUUAACCACAUCCGCCAACACACAGGAGAGACGCCCUUCCGCUGUCAGUACUGUCCAAAAGCAUUUACGCGGAAGGAUCAUCUGGUGAACCAUGUCAGGCAACACACGGGUGAGUCACCGCACAAGUGCCAGUAUUGCACCAAAUCCUUCACGAGGAAGGAACAUUUGACAAAUCACGUGCGUCAACACACAGGCGAAUCGCCACACCGAUGCCACUUCUGCUCCAAGUCAUUUACUCGUAAGGAGCAUUUGACGAAUCAUGUGCGAAUCCACACUGGUGAAUCACCUCAUAGGUGUGAAUUCUGUCAGAGAACGUUCACCAGGAAAGAACAUCUAAAUAAUCAUCUCCGUCAGCAUACCGGAGAUUCAUCGCACUGCUGCAACGUGUGCUCGAAACCAUUUACAAGAAAGGAACAUCUCGUAAAUCAUAUGCGAUGUCAUACUGGUGAACGUCCAUUUGUAUGCACAGAAUGUGGCAAAAGCUUCCCUUUAAAGGGGAAUCUACUUUUCCACAUGCGUUCGCACAAUAAAGGCAGCAACGCCGAGAGACCGUAUCGUUGUGAUCUUUGUCCAAAAGACUUUAUGUGCAAAGGACAUUUAGUGUCUCAUAGACGAUCACAUUCGGACGAGCGACCACAUAGCUGUCCAGAUUGCGGGAAAACUUUCGUUGAAAAGGGCAAUAUGCUGAGACACUUGAGAAAACACGCAGCGGAAGGUCCGCCAACACAAGUUAGCACGCCCUCUGCAAUUCCUCAAUCCGGUGUUCUGCCCAUUCCGGCAGCAGCAGUUCUGGUCGGCCAUCCUUUGGCACCCCCUGCACCACCCGUAGUCCCACAACAUACCGUAGUUGUGCCUACUCCUCCGGGUGUACUGACCUCCUACUAAACCAAAUGAAGAGAGCAAACAUGUGAAGGAAAAAUAGAAAAGCAUUUUUCAUAAGGAGAAGAAAAAGUGAGUGUAUACACGAUGAAUGUUGUGUUUGUUGACCAAUGAAAGUGCACCGUUAAGUUGUUUUCCUUCUUUUUUCUUGUUCGUCUGCUCUUUUCUCGGAAGAGGAAGAAGAAAAAGACUGUUGAAACUUGCAGUUUCUACAGGCACAGAAGUGGGUUAAUCGAUAAAGUGUUGUUAUGGAAAGAUCGUUGUGAAUUGUCGUGAUUGCAGCGCCCUAUUGUUCACGUUUCGAACCUGUCCUCGUCGUAAUGCUCUCUGUAGCUACGUAUAGAAAAAACGAGAAGGGUUUAUAAUAUGAACUUCGUCAGUUUUGAACAAUUAAUCGUGCUGCUAUGAUCGAUAGCAGUGUAUUAUCCAAAGUUUGAAUUACUUUGUUUCUGUCUAUUUUCUUCUACUUUUCUUUUUCUUCUCUUCUUUUUAUAUGAUAACUUUUAAUAGAUCGUUUAUCAAGGGGAAAAAUAUUUGAUAUGCGUUAUGGAGUUAAAAAUAUAAAAUCGAUAAUAAUCGCGAACCCUGCGAUUCGAUGAUGGGCACACAUAACUUCGCUAUUAAUUCGAUUACGAUUAGAAAGUAAUUGCGGUAACGAUAUGACGCUGUAUUAGUUUUAUGCAAUAAUUUCGUACAAAAAAAAAAGAGUAACGAAAUUAAUGUAUUUGCUAAUUAAAAAGAACAAAAUUUAGCGUGAUAUAAUGUAAUGUAUGUACGACAUACCUCUGAAAUAAUGAUGUAAUCAUAAUUUAAAAAAUUUAUCAAGUAGUUUGCUUGAAGUACAAAAUGUAUUUGUAAUUUGAAUUAUAUUCGGUUUUUAUCAUUUUUGUCACAAUUUUAUCAAAUUGCUCUGUUUGAGCUGAAAUAAGAAAAAAGAAAUAGUUAUUCAAAAUGAUCAUAAAAUGUAGUAGCAAUUAUAUUUGCGUCCGUCACGUUGAUCAGCGCCACAAAAUUUUUUACGUUAAUUAUCGCUAUUACUCACACAAUAAAUGAAUUAAGAACGAUCGAUUUGUUUCACAAAAUUAUACUUUCUUUUUUUCUAUUUCUUUCUUUAGAAAAAAACAUAAGUUCGCUUUCUAUAUAUAAUUGGCUUAGAGAUAAAAAAAAGAAUUCUAUAUAAAAUCUAAUAUCGUAAGAAUAAGUAUACAUUUUAUUACUUGCGUAAAAAAAUUCUGCAUAAACGUGACUGAGAAAGAUACUAUACAUUAUAAUAAUGGAUCAUUUUCGACUUACUUAGAUAAUUACGUUUAUUUUAAUUGGCGUGUAGUUUACUUUAACGAGUUUACUUUACUUGCGAGGAAUUAUAUUUCAAAGAAAUAUUUAAAAACACGAUUUAUGUUCUUUAAUACGGACCCGAAUGUCGAAUUAAAAGCGUCGCGUUAGUUGUCCGUUUUAGUUGUAGUCAUUGUUUUCUUCUCCUUUUAACUUCUCUUUUUGUUUAAUCGUAAUUAUUAUAAUGGAGUGCAAUAUAGUUUUGCCGAUUUCUCUUAAGCGUUUAUCCGCAUCGAAAUGAAUCGUUACUACACCAGAUUUUAAAUAAUGAAAAAGCUAAGGAAACAAAAAAGAUAAAAAGUGAACAGAUGAUAGCAAUUCAACACUUUUUUUUAUUUGUAGUAUAUAGGGACGAUACUGAAUUAUUUUGAUUCUUAAAAUUAAUUUUAAACGAUUAACGCUAUUUACGUUUCAUCUAGUUUGAAAAGGAAAAAUAUUAUUAACUCUAGCGAUCUUGUAAGGCCAUGUAUUUCGUAUUUACGAUUAAGGGUAAAAGAUAAAAGUAUCGUAAGCUUGGUUCUGCGGCAACAUUGUUUAGUGUUAUAAGUUACCUAGAUAUAUAUCACAUAUUUAAAAGAGUAUUCAAAAUAACAAUAUGUAUGAUCAGUUUGUAAAGCGUAAAACGCAGAAAAACAAUUCACAAUUGCAUGUUAACGAUUGCUGCAGUAUCAGGUUUACCUUAAUUAUGUAUAAUAUUAUAAUAAUAACAACUAUUGAAUAUAGACACGAGAAAGAUGAUAAAUUUAUUAACGCGCGUGCAUGCGUCACGUGGAGUGUACGACAAUGUUCAUCACUCCGUAGAAGUCUAGAUUAAUAUAUUACGAUAAAUAUAUCUAAGUAUAUCCAAACAGUUAGAUAUCUCGUACUAUUUAAAGAAAAAAGAAAGAAAAAAAAUAAUAAGGGGAAAAUUAAUAAAUGCCGCAGGUUCACUUUAUGAGUGACACACGAAAUGUAUGUUACAUAUGGAGCGUAAAAUUCCCACAUUAUAUUCGCGUAGAAGAAGAAAAAGAGAUAUAUAGAGAAAUGGAAAUAAGAAGGAAACACGCAAAGGUACAUCUAGAAAGGAAAGACAAAUAUAUAUGUAUAAUAUAUAUUGCUGAUGCUUAUAUACAUUAUGUAUAUAUAUAUUGUACACGACACGAAAAUAGAAAAAGGAAGAAAACUAUGAUGCCGUACCGGAGUCACUUGAUACAAAUAAUAUUUCCGACGAUAUUACGCAAUAUAUUCGUGGCAUCGCUCCUUGUAAUUUGCUAAAAAAUCUAACAAGGAAUAAAUAGAAAUAAUGUUUAUAUGAAUUAUUAUUAUUAUCUUAUUAUUAUUAUAUUAUUAUUAUUAUUAUUAUUAUUAUUAUUGAUAAUAUUAUACGUUACAAGAAUAAAAUUACGAGUUGAUUCAUGCUUUUAAGAGAUUUAGUUUCAUGCUUGUUUUAAAAAAUAGCAAGCAAGUAUCAGAUCCAACCAAUUCCCUUUAAAUCGAAGCGACUUUACAAAGAUAUCAAGUAGAAAACAGUAAAAUGCUAGAUGCUACUUUACUUCCUCAAUAAGAGUCGUAACCAGUCAGUUUUGUGUAUAAUUUUUAAUAAAAUUUCUAUCUACAUGAUCUUAUCUUUUUGGCAAUAACAGUCGUUUAAAUGAGAACGCUUCGGUUCGAAGUGAAAUACGAUGGUGAAGGAAAGAAUUCAAAAUAUGGUUUACUUUAGAUAGAAGGAAAUAUGUAUAGAACUUUAUUAUGCACCAUUGUAAUAUUAUGUAUCCCAGUUGUGACACAAUAUACACUGGUGUUAUGUUAAA